AUGCUGACGCUGAAGGCUUACGCGAAAAUUAACCUCACGCUGGAAGUGCUCGGACGCCGAGACGACGGCUAUCACGAGGUCGCAACCAUUAUGCAGACCAUCGACCUGCACGAUACCGUGCGCCUCACGCCCGCCGAUGACAUCACCCUCACCUGCGAUGAUCCUAACCUGCAAUCGCCCAAUAAUCUGGCAUACAAAGCGGCUCAGUUGUUGCAGCAGGAGUGCGGCUACAACGGCGGCGCCCACAUCGCCAUCGAAAAGGCAAUCCCCGUGUCGGCAGGACUUGGCGGAGGCAGCAGCGACGCCGCGGCAACUCUCCGUGGCCUCAACGAUCUCUGGCAGCUUGGCAUGACUCACACCCAGCUUGAAACCCUCGCCGCGCAACUCGGCUCCGACGUGCCCUUCCUCUUGCAGGGCGGCACCGCCAUCGCGCUCGGCAGAGGAGAGCGCAUCCGUCGCCUGCCUCCCGCCGACGUAGAAUGGCUCGUCGUACUCACUCCGGAUGUACGGCACACCGGCGAGGUACCCAGCAAGACCGCAGCGCUCUACCGCAUGCUCACGCCAUCCAACCACACCAGGGGCUUCCUGACACGCAAGCUCGAAGCGCGCAUACGUGGCGGCGGCGAUGUGCCCGCGCAGUUCCUGUUCAACGCAUUCGACGAUGUGGCUUUCGAUGCCUACCCCGGACUGGAACAAUGCUGGAAUGCCUUCGCUGAACUCGGCGCGCGCGAAAUCCACCUAUCCGGCAGCGGGCCCUCCAUCUACGCGCUCAUGCCGCGCCGCGAAGUCGGCACCGCCAUCCACCUCUUGCUGCGCCACAAGCACGGCAUGAACGCGCACCUCGUAUCCGCAAUUCAGCCUUAG